AUGCCCGACAGCCUAACUCCUUCCAGGCCAGUAAAGGCAGCCAAGGCAUAUCAAGAGCUACUGCUCAACGGAGCUUUCAACCGUUUGGCACGCUGCUCGGGAAGUCCUCAAGAAAUCCUCUGGAACAAAUCUCAAGCGUUUCUUCUGCUACCUGUGCAUGAUGACAACGACAGUAUUGAUUGGACGAGUGUUCAUGCGACUGCGGGGGUAUACAGGACACUUUGUAGUAAUUUCUCACCAUCUUCUCCAAUAGAUGGGGAUGGUGUGGGGGAGAAGACGCACGCGGACAUGCUCUGCACUGCUAAUGGCUACGUACAUUCUUCUGCGCUCCAGGACAUGGUCGUAGCUACCGUGCACAAUGGCAGGCUUUUCUGUGUCACAGGGGUUCUAGAGAAUUUUACUGCGGCAUCACUACUACCGAAGAGGGGCUUCACGUACAUAGAUUAUUACAAAGACAAGUAUCAAAGGACGUUACGGCUUCCAGAUCAGCCAUUGCUGAAAGCCAAGCCAACGCAUGCUUUUCAUAAUCUCCUCAUAAGACCCAAGGAAGAUCAUGGUUCUAGACAAGAAGAAAGUUUUGUAGAGCUACCACCUGAGUUGUGCCUGUGCCUAGAGAUUAAGUCCGGACUAAUUCGAUCGUUAUACUUCGUCCCUUCGUUUCUUCACCAGUUUACUUCGACCGUCUGUGCCAUACAGUUGCGCUCACCACUGUGGCCAUGGAUUCCUGCAGCGAAGAUCCUCGAAGCAAUUACCAGCAAAAAAUGUCACGAAGAGUUCUCAUAUGAGAGUUUGGAGCUUCUAGGGGACUCGUUUCUCAAAUACGUCGUGACUCAAAAGCUGUUCCUGGUCUACGAUAAGAAACACGAAGGCCAGCUCAGUGCGAGAAGGUCUCGCGCUACUUGUAAUGCAGCGCUACAUCAGUUGGCAAAAUCAUCUGGCAUUGCGGAAUACAUACGCGACGAAGAAUUCAAUCCUUCCAACUGGACUGGCCCGGGCAUGCUUACCUCUGAUUCAUCAAAAUGUAGGCACCAGCAGGGGAGCUAUGAAAACGAGGAAAAUUAUUUUUCAUCGUGUGCCAACGGCCAUCGGGGGAUUCGAAGGAAAGCUCUCGCCGACGUUGUAGAGGCCCUUAUCGGUGCAUACUUGGCCACGUCUGGACCUCCGAGCGCCAUGGAGCUUAUGAAACAGCUCGGCAUUGACAUAGAAUUCGACAUAGGCUUGCUUGCCUCGGCUCGCCAAGCUUCCCUGCCGGCUGAAUCGUUUCAACAUCUCCAGGCCUCGUUGGAGUCUUUAGAGCAUAAGCUGCAGUAUAAAUUUCAAAACAGGAGCCUCUUGGUGGAAGCUAUAACUCACGCAUCUCAACCGAACUGCUUGCUCUGCUAUCAGCGGCUAGAGUUCCUUGGCGAUGGCGUCCUGGACUUCCUUGUAUCCCGCCACCUCUUCGAGACUCAUCCAGGAUUACCUCCAGGAACACUCACAGACUUGCGGUCUGCAGCCGUGAACAACAAAUGGUUUGCUCGGCUGGUUGUGAGGCACGGCUUACAUCAGCAUCUUCAGCAUGGCUCGGUGGAACUUGACUGCGAGAUCCGAAAGUUCGUGCAAAACGUGAAGGAAAAACCAGACGCGUCAUGCUUCGAAGACUUGUCGGCCCCAAAGGUGCUUGGAGACUUACUUGAAAGCAUAACCGGUGCCAUCUUUGUGGACACUAACUUCGAUUUGGAGAAGUUGUGGAGAGUGGUGCUGCCUUUGUUAUCGCCUUUGGUCACUCCAGGGACGCUGCGUUUCCAUCCUGUGCGGAUUCUUAUGGAGCUUUGCGCGAGACAAGGCAUGAAAGUCAGUUUCUUCCGGACAGAGGCGACCACGACUGAAGUAAGGGUGACUUUUGGAGAAGAAUCACUUGUGGAAACUUCGCAGGAGAAGCCGAGGAAAUCUGCAAAGAUAGACGCGGCACUGAAGAUGCUUGCCAGUCUCCAAGUAAGCUCUGGAAAUUCCUAA